AUACCCAUCUCUGGAAUGGAAAACGGAGCAGGCAGCUCUUGCCUCACAGAAUCCAGCCCAGGCAGCCGUUCUUCCGCUCGCGCGCACCAAGCAGCCCGGAACACCCGAUCCAACAUGGCCAAAUGCGGGGGAUGUGGUCCGGGCUACGCAAGUCCUCUGGAUGCCAUGAAAGGUCCCCGGGAGGAGAUCGUGUACCUGCCUUGUAUCUACAGAAACACUGGGAUAGAGAAGCCUGACUUCCUGGCCACUGUGGAUGUCAACCCCGAGUCUCCGCACUAUUGCCAGGUGAUCCACCGCCUGCCCAUGCCGAACCUUAAGGAUGAGCUCCAUCAUUCCGGGUGGAAUGCCUGUAGCAGCUGCUUUGGGGAUGCCACAAAGAGAAGAAAUCGUCUGAUUCUGCCAAGUCUGAUCUCUUCUCGAAUUUACGUGGUGGAUGUGGGAACAGACAUGCGAGCUCCUAGAAUCCAUAAGAUUGUUGAACCAACAGAGCUGUUCUGGAAGGUCAAUGUGGCAAAUCCUCACACCUCGCACUGUCUGGGCAGUGGUGACAUCUUAAUCAGCUGCCUUGGAGAACCUUCUGGCAAUGGAAAAGGCAGCUUUGUUUUGCUGGAUGGAGAGACCUUCGAAGUGAAGGGAAACUGGGGGAACGGGGAAAAGGUGCCCUCCCUGGGCUACGACUUUUGGUACCAGCCACGACACAACGUCCUGAUGAGCACUGAGUGGGGAGUCCCAAAAGUCUUGGCCAAUGGGUUCAACCCAGCCGACGUAGAAAGAGGGCACUAUGGCCGCCAUGUUAACGUGUGGGACUGGAGCACUCGCACCUGCAUCCAGAAAAUUGACUUGGGGAAGGGCUCCAUACCUUUGGAAAUCCGAUUCCUCCACAAUCCGGAUGCUGCAGAAGGAUUUGUGGGGUGUGCUCUGAGCGGUACAGUGCAUCGGUUCUACAAGACAGAGAAAGGAGACUGGGCGGCAGAGAAGGUGAUUGAAGUACCCAGCAAGAAGGUGCAAGGAUGGCUGCUGCCUGACAUGCCUAGUCUCAUCACGGACAUCCUCAUCUCACUGGACGACCGGUUCCUCUACUUCAGCAACUGGCUGCACGGAGACAUUCGCCAGUACGACAUCUCCAACACCCGCAAGCCCAAGCUGGUGGGGCAGGUGUUCCUGGGAGGCAGCAUCACCAAAGGAGGGCCUGUAACUGUAGUGGAAGACAAGGAGCUGCAGUGUCAGCCAGACCCCUUUGUGAUCAAAGGCAAGAAGGUGGCAGGUGGACCUCAGAUGAUCCAGCUCAGCCUGGAUGGGAAGCGGUUGUACGUCAGUACCUCUCUUUACAGCGGAUGGGACAAGCAGUUCUACCCAGAUCUUGUCAAGGAAGGCUCUGUUAUGCUGCAGAUUGACGUGGAUACUGAAAAAGGUGGUUUGAAAGCGAAUAAAAACUUCCUAGUGGAUUUUGGGAAGGAGCCUGAUGGGCCGGUCCUUGCACAUGAGAUCCGUUACCCUGGCGGAGACUGCACCUCUGAUAUCUGGAUCUAAUCGUUGGAUGGAGCUAUUUCCUUUUUGUUCCUUUCUCUUUUUUCCCUUUUUCUCCCCGCCCUCCUGAUGGGUGAAUUGGCUCAGCUGGAAUUUUGCUGCUCUCUAAAUUUUGCCUUCUAUUCUGGUGAGCCACCAAAGCUCUGCUCUCUUCUCAUUUUGAGGCAGCCAAGUGAAUCUCUCUGAAACAUAAUAUCCAUCUCAUUUUCGCUCUUCCGUCCCCUUUCGGAAGGUCCUGUCUCGUCACCGCUGGCUGUAGGUUUCAAGGCCAAGGUCCCCAGUCUUUUCAGGGCUGUUUGCAUUGUUUGGUGCCCACUUUGCCUUGGCACAAUUUGUUGAUGGAAAAGCUGAUCCCAAAUAACUCCAUGCGAAGGAUGCAUUCCCAGGAGUGUCCCGUCCCUGCAAAGCUUAAUUUGCUCAUAAAGUAAUCAGCACUUUACAGCAGCCACCGCAUUAAAAUCACACACUUCCACCGCUGGGUUACAUUUUAACAUUUGUGCACUGGUGUUAUAAAAAAAUCAACAAUAAAAUAGUUUCAGUCAGGUGGGGCUGCACAUUUUUCCUUCUUU